AAAACUCCCUUCCCCUUGGCUGUUCCUGUCGUUGGAAGCAUCAUGUCGGCGCCUAUAGACCCUCACAAGGUGUCCGGCGGCGGUCGUCUGCAGCGGCCAGAGCAGCGGGUGGAGAUAGAGAAGGUCAACAACGUCUGGGGGUCCACGGCCGGCGCCGGGAGUGACUUCUUCCACGUGUACCGCAAGCACCGGCGCAUCGAGAUGGACCGCCUCAAGAAGAUGGACGAGGACUGGGAGGCGCAGCAGGAGACCGAGGAGAUGCUCAAGCGCAAGCAGGACAGGGAGAGGGCGGCCGAGACCGAGAGGCGCAAGAAGGCACAGAGGCGACACAAGCGCAAGGAGAACAAGGAGCGCGCCAAGGAGCUCAAGAAGACCGCUGAGACCAUGAACCAGUUCAAGAACGACGGCUCCUUCCUCGACCAGGUCCUCGCUGACGCCCCGGCAGCCAGCAGCACUGACCACAAGCGUGACAGCCAAGCGGCAGAGAACGGCACACACACCUCACCCGCUGACCAGCCACCCGCCAAGAGGCCGAGAACUGACGACUCAUCGGCAGUCCAAGAUGGCAGCGAGGAGGAGGCAGCCUCGCUAGAUCAGUUGAAGGCGCAGGUGGCCAGCUUCAAGGCGGCUGCCGAGGGUGAGGGCGGCGGGAAGGGGGAGGCUGCGAGGCCGGCCGGCAAGAACGAGGGUGCGAUUCCCAAGAGUGCGGCGCAGAUGAGGAGCGACCAAAAUUUGGUGGUGACCGACGAGACCCAGGGAUGAGGGCAUAGGAUGUGGUGGGUUUGGUUGGGUUGUCAGAG